UCCUGCUAUUUUAGGUGUUGUCGUUUUGUAAAUUAUCGUAAGCCUUCACUUUGUUCAGGUUCAGUUCGUUCUGUAAAUCACAGUAAGCCUCAAAAAACAAGAUGGUAGCGACCAUGUCAAAAACAUUUCGUGACUGGUUGUCGAAAAAAUUGGUCGAUUCUAACCCAGAUAUUGAUCUAGAUGUCUUCGUAUCAUACAUUGAGGGUAUCUUAGAAGACGAUACUUCCAAAGAUGAAAAGAUUGAGUCAUUAAAUGAGCUGCUGCCUUCUGUUUUGGAAGACGGCACAAGUGAAUUCUGUGAUAGUAUCAUGAAACAGUGGGAUGAAAAAGCCUCAGUCGUGGAAGAGGAAACUGUCUCCGUCGAUGACAAACUUGCCAGUAUUAUGGAAAAACAGAAGCUAUCUGUCGCCACAAAGCGUGAAAUAUCUGCCGAACAGAACGCGCAGAAAGAAGCCAUAUUGGCCCAGUAUUCAACUGUUUGCGACGGAGAUGAAGAAAUCAUUGACGACGACGAUGAUGGUGCUACUUACAAGGGGGCGACCUACGACGGCCCGACAGUCAUGAAAAAUGCAAACGCCGACAAGGUCUUCCAGGAGCAGCGCGAGAAACGUGAAAAGAUGAAGGCAGAUAGCGAUCACAAAAAGGAACGCGAUAAAUCAGACAGAGAAAAACAAAAGCAGGCAAAAGUGGACAGGAAAGAAAAAGAAAAACAGAGGACACAGAAGGGAGAGCGGAGAAGAUAACAGAAUGUUAGAUUUAAAUUUAGACUUGUUUUGUUUGAGGUGUGGGUUUAUACUAAUAUAAGACUGAGCCUAAUUCAGUGUUGGCUCUACGGCUGGUUAUAGAGGUCAUGCAGUGACAUCAUUCGGGUAGCCUUUUUUGGACGUCGACCAUGUCCUUGACCCUUCUGAUGUUCCCUACAGGGCGUUCCACAAGUGCAUAACGUUUGGUUGAUACUGCUCUCUUCACUACCUUCUAAUAUGAUGACAAAGCGUGUCCAAAAUAGUGUCUUUCACUGUGAUGAUGUCAUCAGCAUGUCCUCUAUAAAUGCAAGCAACGCUGCCAUAUUAGAUGCAUUGAAAAACUCAGUCUGCUGACAGGUUUGUUAUCGAGGUAGAUCAGUCGACAGGACUGCGAUAUGUUGUACAAACAACUUGUCAUCAGUCUGAAGUGCGUAACUUGUUAUGAACAACUGCCCUGCUCCAUCGUGUCUUUUACACUGAAACUCCAGGAGAGAAUUGAGUUUAGUUCUACCAAGUAAUAAUACACUUUGCUAAGUGUAAAUGUACAUGUAUGACCUUUGGUCAGGAAAGAAUAUGAUACAUGUAAGUUUUCUCCAUAUUACAAUAAAUAUGUUACUAA